CUGGUAUUUACUUUUUCGGGUGGAUAAGAAGGAACCAUUUCCUUAAUGCCAGACAUUAGUCGCAAAUCCGCGCAGACGGUAGGAUCAAAAAAUCACCAUGGGUCCUUUGUUUUACAAUAUGCUGGUCGGAGCACUGAUACUCGUUAGCAACUUAGGCAUUGCGCAAGCGCAGGGCCUAUGGAUGCAACCAAACAUGAAUUCCGGCUCAUCUAGAGUAUCGCGCUUCCCAAUGAAUCGCCACAUUUUCAGCACCGUCAACGGACACGUACUUUCUCUGGCAGCUGAUGAGAGCGGUGAAAUCUCUAUGGAAGUGAUCGGCUUCGUUCCCAACCGACAGAGAACCCGAAUUCAGACUCCGCCAGCAACUCAGUUCAGACGAGCGGAUAAUUUCAUUCAAGCUAACGGACAAGAAAUGAUGCAAUCGGUGAAUGACGGCGGUCAAGUUCUCCCAUCGGCAGACGACCAAAGUUCGUUAUCUAAUGUAGCUGGAACUGCUAUGACCGAUUUCUCUCCACCAGAUCAGAUGGCAGGACCCAAUGACCAAACACCAGUGGACGCCAACGGAUUCGCUGGAUCGGCUGAUGAUCUCGGCGGAGUUGACAGUGCGCCCAGCAAUCCUAAUAUCCAAGAGCAAACAGAUGCCCAGCCAGAUAACGUACCCAGUGAAUUCGCCGAAUCGCCUAACGCUUUCGGUGACCUCGGCAGUGUGCCCAGCGAUCCUAAUAUCCAAGAGCAAACAGAUGCCCAGUCAGAUAACGGACCCAACAAUGAAUUUGCCGGAUCGCCUAAUACUUUCGGUGACCUUGGCAGUGUGCCCAGCGAUCCUAAUUUCCAAGAGCAAACAGAUGUCCAGCCUGAUAACGAGCCUCCUUUCAGGUCUGAAGGUGGUUUUGGAAACCAGCAGAAUAGCCAAUUUCAAGCCAAAGGAGUCAAUUUCCCUAGCAAUCCUCCCCAAAUGACUCCCCAAAUGGGCAGACCUCAAAAUACAAUCGGCGGAAUUGCCCCAAGUUUGACUGGAAUCGCUCACAUAUUCAGGGAUUCCGACGAAUCUCAAGAUAUUUCGGUGGAAAGAAGCUUCGUUUUGGACCAGGACGGUCGAAUUCAAUCGACAGUUCAACUUUCAAUGGAUUCAAACGAAGAUGACGACGCAUCGCUCGAAGUCAAUUUGAAUUUGCUGCCACAGAUAAGAAGCCUUCUGAAUAAUCAAUUGCAAACCCAGCACCAAGUGGUAAGCAAUAACCCCCGAAUGGUUUUCUUUCAACACGACGACCAAGACAACGACAUGUCGCUGGAUUUUCAAGGAAUUCUGACGAAUCCAGUGUUCCAGCAACAGAUUCAAGAAAUCGACGUCCGUUUGAAAAGAGCGCCAGCGGCAAGAAGCAAACGUCUGAUGGAAAAAUACGCCCAUGCUCUCGCUUUGUCAUCAUCAUCGACUAAUAAUACCGCACCCGCAACGAUCAAUUCUUCCUUUUUCCUGUCACUUUUAAUCACUUGGAUUUCGGUUGGACUUAUUCUAUAAUUUGGACAUGGAUUCUCUUUUUAGGCAAACAUGAUCGCUACUUUGAUUAUUCUUGGGUUUCGUGUACAAUACCAGAAAUUUUCACGUUGAUUCUCUAGGCCAAUUUAGACUCAUUUGUAUGAUAGCCCUUUCUUUUUCUUGUUUAGACUACUUUUAAUACACAGUUUUAUAUUUCA